AUUUAAGUUAUAAUAGUAAUUGGGUUUGAAUCUUUGGUAGGAGUCUAGAUAUUUUAUGCGUUGAGAGGCAUAAAUAUUUUGGACAAUGUUAUGGAGUCCACAACUUCUAUGAUAAAAUUGACAGAGUCGAAUUACUUGGUUUGGAAGACAAUGAUGGAGGAUUUCCCUUACUAUAAUGACUUGUAUGAUCCAGUAGAGGAUGAUUCUGCAAAACCAAGUGAGAUGUCGGAUAAAGAUUGGGAGAAACUAAACAGAAAGACUGUUGCUGCCAUUAGGCAAUGUGUUGAUAUCAGUGUUUUUCAUCAUGUGGCUGAGGAGACCAGUGCACAUCAACUGUGGAAGAAAUUAGAAACACUUCAUGAGAGGAAAAAGUUACAUUUCACAAGCAACUCAGCUCCGGAUGGGAAACUUAGUCUGCAGAACGUCAAAGAAUGCAUGUACAGCGAAGGAUUAAGUAGAGCAGCCCAGAAGUUUAGAACUUGGUAGACAACUCCCCGAAGACAACAUAACAUGUGCAGUGUGCCAGUGAAGGAAGUGAAAGAAAUAAGGAUAGUCAAU